GCGGCGAUGAACGGGGUCGCGGCGCCCCCGUACGGGCCUGCCUGCGCGGAGCUGAUCUGGGCUCUGGCCCUUCGGUUCCGCCUUGGCCCGAGCGUGCCCGGAGGGGCCGCCCGAGUGGCUCGCGUCGGUCUGCCCGCCGACGCCGGGGUGCCCAGCCUGCCCGGCGCGUGCCCCGCGGAGGCGGGGUUCACGGCCGCGGGUCAGCUGCUGGUGCUGGGGCCUUCGGUGCUGACCAACGUGCUCGGCUACCUGAUCGGGCGCUGGCAGGCGGAGGAGUGGUACAGUGAACGUGUGCCUGGACAGUACGUCGGCAUGGUCUAUGACGCUGACGCUGAGGAUCACGAGAGGUUGCUCCUCUUCCCGCUGGCGGGCGGGGCGUUGUGGACUCGCACGGUAGACGGAGAUGAAUGUUUUCUGGAUCUGGCCUGCCAGGACGUCCGCUUUGGGCCGACGGAGUGCUACCCGCUGCCUGCUGACGGGUCGGCGCCCCCGAGCCGUCGUGGUCCAGGCCUCUGUCGUUUCGAGCCCCGCCUUGACGCCCGGGCGCUACGGCAGGCCGUCCUGCGGGGCCGGCGCAUCUGCGAGGACGGGCGCCGGGCGGGGCUAGCCGGGCGAGAGCCGACGCUACUGCUGGGCCCGGACGUGCGGCCGGUGGAAGUGGAGCGCUUCCUGGAGGACAGCCUUCCGCGGCCCGCGUGGCCGCUGGCCGCCGGCGCGGGCGGGCGAGCCGGAGUUGGAGCCGCCGCUCGACAGCGGCCCCCUGCGGCCUGCUUGGCGAGCCGGGCCGCGGGGCUGGCGGGCCCUGGCUGGUCGGCCUGCUGGGCUUCAUCUGGGUGCUCGCCGAGCCCGUCGGCGACCAGCCAGUCGGUAGCGAGGUGGACGUCCACGUGGGUGCUGGCCGCGACCGCCUGGCAGGCUUUCGUUGCCCAGAACGACGAGGUGGUGCGCGCCGUGCGCCUGCUGGGCCUCCCCGCCGGCGCGGAGGAGCUCGCCGAGGAUAGCGACGCGGAGGACGAGGACAGCUUCCCGUUGGUCGCUCAGGCUCGCACCUGGCGGGAGGCGGUGGCAGGCAGCGCGCAGGGCCCCGUCGCCGAUCAGCUGGCGCGCGCCCCGCCCAUCGCGCUCACCAUCAGUCGGAGCAUGCUGAGGGUGAGCGGGGAUCCUCGGGCUUGGCUGCAGGACUACCUGCGCGAGAAGCGGCUGGACCCUGGCAGCCGCGUGGCGCUCGAGAUGCAGGGUAUCUGCGAGGCCCUGUAUUUCGCGGGUUGCUACGACAGUGCGAACCUGGGCUCGUCGCGCGCGCUGGAGGUGAUGGACCGCCGCCUCGCGGGUAUCAUGAUGGAGCAGGCGGGCCCCAGACGGACGCACGUGGAGCUCCUGGAGCACCAUUACGCCGCCGCUGCGGGCCAGACUGGGGGCGGUGCGGCGCCGACGACGCUGAAGGAGGAGGGGGGCUGCGAUGCCGAGGCGCCAGAAGGGGGCAGCCAUGGCGCCGGCAGCAACGGGAACUGGCGGCCGCCCCAGACUGGCGGCCUCGCGUGGGCAGCGAAGACUGUCCGUUUGGCGAACGACGCACUGUGCGGCCUGAACUUGAUGGCUGGUUGCGAUGAUUUUGUCCCGGGCGACGCGGGCCCCGACGUCGCGCCGGGCGACGUGCAGGCCGACGCGCAACAGUGGGCGCGCGAGUUGGCGGACAGCCG